AUGCAUCUCCCUGUCGAUCCUCAAUUGACACUUCCGGACCUACUGGUGAUAAAAGAGCUCCUCAGGCAGAAUGCGCAAGAAAAUGAGUACAGCACCAGCAAAGACACGAUCCAGAAGCUGAAGUCUCUCAAUGACACCUCCGAUCCUGAGUUCGACCCCACGGUCUUCCAAUUCUGGGAGACAUGUCUGCUGCGGGAAAGACUUCCCCUUCCAAUACGACAGCACCUACUGGAGCCAUAUAUUCGCUGGGUGCAAGGUAUCGUACGCUUUCCAACUGACGUGGUGAUGGUCACGCACCUCCUGCUCUACCUCACCACCUCCGUCCCCAGUGCACUCUGGCUCUACUGCUACCACUUCAACUGGAUCCAUGGCCUUCUCCACUGGAUCGUGCAUAUGCACCAUGUCGAGGGCAAUUGGCCCCGAGACCUCAACUCGACCAUGUGGUGCGAUCGAGAUUCAAUCGCGGAUUUCGCCCGCUAUGUCGGCCGGUUCUUUUUUCCCAUCUCACUGGACCUGCCGGUGUAUCUACUUCGCAGGAGCCAGUACUACACUUCUUUCAAGACGGCUUUCUGGGAGCUCAGUAACUACCUAGCCAUCGCUCUGCUGUUCCGCUACGGUCAAGCACAGGUGACACGCUGCGUCUUCCUUUUACCCCUUUGGACACUUCGUGCUGGAUUGAUGGCGGGCAAUUGGGGCCAGCACGCCUUUGUGGAUCCUAAUGAUCCUUUGUCGGAUUUCCGGUCUAGUAUUACCUUGAUCGAUGUUGCCAGUAAUCGAUUCUGCUUCCAUGACGGUUACCACACAUCACACCAUCUGCAUCCUCGGCGCCACUGGAGGGAGCAUCCCGUGGCGCUUCUUCAAGACCAGGAACGUUACUCGGACGAGCGGGCGCUGGUGUUCCAAAAUCUGGAUUAUCUCAUGCUGACUGUUAAACUGUUCCGAAAGAAUUAUGCGCACCUGGCUCGAUGCAUGCUUCCAAUCGGUGCUGAGCAGAGAUCAAUGACUCUAUAA